UUCAAAUUUCGAAGCUUAAGCUUAAGCUUCAACAAUCUCAUACAUUUACCACGGGUGUUUAUGGAAUGUUUCAAUGUGAAAUUCUCCCCUGUCACGUUUCGACUCGAUAGAGCAGUACCACACCAUAACCCUUGGGAAUAUCACAUGUGUGCGCCGGCCGGUUCGAUGUUCUCGCUUCCUACAGUCAUAUUCUCCUCCUUCACUUCAAAGACCUUUCAUGCUGUGUAUUAGCCUGCAAAACCUUUUGGCAUAUGGCCCAGAAUUUCGCCGACAUUUAAUGCGUAUUAGAACUUUAUGCUCAGGACUCCAUGGAGACUCCGGACUGGGUCGACACUUCUAGCAAAAUGCAUUCGUUCAAGAAAUUGGCAUCCAUGUGGCAGUCUGACUUCCAUUUGAAUUCCGUUUUGAAGAAACAGCAGUUGUUGGCAUUAGUCGCAAAUCAUGGUUUUGGAGGUCCUGUCGCGCUCAUGGCAGGUGAUUCUAGUCGUCGAUAUGGCCAUUUUUGUAACAAAGGCCACACAGUCAGAGUGGGGACCCAAUAUCGUGCUCCUGAAUCCGGACAAAGACUGGAAGAACUCCCUGCAGGGGGUUCCUUCUACGUACACAUCCGGGACUUUAAUAGAGCCAUCCCUCGCCUGGAACAUUCUAAUAAUGUCUACAAUUGCAAUUCACCAGGUCGUCUCAUCCGCAGGCUUGGUCGGCUGGCUCAGAUGUGCUUCACACAAGGCGAUGGAGACAUUAUCACGAAUCAUUCUUACACUGUUGCUGUCUGCCCAACGGGAUCGACUUACUUUGCUUUAGCUUGGAUGUUCUACAUGGGCCAAAGCACACAGCCCAGAGCUGCAGCAGACAAAGGAAAUGCAGUCUCGCCGCAAGACGAAUAUCUUAUUCUGUCUAUUGAGCAAGUUGCAGAGACAGCCGAAACACCCCGAAUCGGAAUAGGCAAUCUCCCUGCUCUGGAACCUGUGGUCUCUCUUACCGAACGAGGGGGAUUUUCGGUAGUCGUGGGUGACAAGGCUUGUGGAAUCACCGAAUGA